AUCCCUAAUUCGGAGUGAAGUAAGGUCAAACCUCCUCACCACUUAGCCAAUACCAUUACGGCAUCAAGCAAAAGCACCAAGCUCAAAUAUCACUCUCUCCACUAGUUUCUUGAAUAACUAACAGAUAAUAGAAUUGAGAUCCUCGCUCAUUUUAUCAUCACCAUUUCUUUUUUUCUUUUUCCUUUGUUUAUGAGAGAGACAUGAUUCUUUCCAUUCUUUCCCCUACACUACCAUCGCCUAGGGUUUGUAUUUCCAUUUCUUCUGUAUCUUCAAAGCUCUCUCUAGUCCCUGUCUCUUCUUUUUCUCUUCCUCCUCCUUUGGCCAUAGUAAGAUGGUCAUCAAGGUCCUCCAUUUGUCCUUGUUUCUUCUCUUCUUCUCUCAACGCCAAUCCAGUCCCCGAACUCCUCAACGAUGAUAAGAAGAAGAACAACAACAACAACAAGAGCAAGAAGGGAAAGUGUACUCCUCACUCCCGCACUUUUCUUGAUGCAAGAACUGAACAAGAGUUGCUGUAUGGAAUUAGGAAGGAAGCAGAUGCAGGGAGGUUGCCUUUAAACAUUGCAGCAGGGAUGGAAGAAGUUUAUCGGAAUUAUAGAAAUGCAGUUUUGCAAAGUGGAAUUCCAAAUGCAAAAGAAAUCAUACUGUCAAAUAUGGCUGUUGCGUUAGAUCGUAUGUGCUUGGAUGUUGAGGACCCUUUUGUCUUCUCACCUUAUCAUAAAGCACUAAGAGAACCAUUCGAUUACUAUAAUUUUGGUCAAAAUUAUAUCCGUCCUCUGAUUGAUUUUAGGAAUUCAUAUGUUGGCAACAUUUCGCUUUUCCAUGAAGUUGAGCAGAAGCUUCAGCAGGGUCACAAUAUUAUUUUGAUGUCAAACCACCAGACUGAAGCAGAUCCAGCUGUCAUUGCAUUGUUGCUUGAAAAAACAAAUCCCUACAUUGCUGAGAAUUUGAUCUACGUUGCAGGUGAUAGAGUUGUAACAGAUACUCUAUGCAAGCCAUUCAGCAUGGGAAGGAAUCUUAUAUGUGUCUACUCGAAAAAACAUAUGGCUGAUGUUCCUGAGCUUACUGAGAUGAAGAAAAAAGCAAACAUUCGCAGUUUAAAGGAGAUGGUCAUGAUUUUAAGGGAUGGGUCUCAAAUUGUUUGGAUUGCUCCAAGUGGUGGCAGGGACCGCCCAGAUUCUUUGACUGGAGAAUGGUGUCCAGCACCCUUUGAUGCUUCUUCAGUGGAUAACAUGAGAAGGAUUACUGAACAUUCUGGCGCUCCAGGACAUAUUUUUCCAUUAGCGUUGUUAUGCCACGAUAUCAUGCCCCCUCCACCUGAGGUACAAAAGGAAAUUGGAGAAAGAAGAAUGAUCUCCUUUCAUGGAGCUGGAUUAUCUAUUGCACCCGAAAUCAGCUUCUCUGAAAUUGCUGUUGCUUGCGAAGAUCAUGAAGAGGCUAAGAACGCAUAUGCACAGGUUUUAUAUGAUUCUGUGACUGAGCAAUACAAUGUGCUUAAAUCUGCCAUACAUGGAAAACAAGGACUAGAGGCAUCAACUUCUACCGUCUCAUUGUCGCAACCAUGGGAUUAGUCAACCUUUAUGCACUUAACUAGGAUAGUAUGCUGUAGUUUUGCAACUCAACCACGAACCUGUCAGUAAUUGGAAGUGUUAUAUCUUGACAACAGUAUAGAUCACCUGUGUAGAAGAUCUCAAUCUAGCAUCAAGCUUUUUCUCUGAAUGCAUUAUUCUAUUGAAGCGGAGUCACUAGCUUGACAGCUGAAUUGAUAAUAUACAGGAGCUCUUGAAGGGGAGUUGAAUCUCAGGUGUGUACAGAUAACAGUUCCUAGUACGCCAAUAGUUGGUCGUCCUCAGGCAAUGUGUAUAUUCAAUUAAAUCGUUUUGUAUUGAUUGCAUCUUACUAAGCUCAUUUUGUAUUUUUCAAAUUCUAUUCUUUUGUAAUCUUUAGACUACCUAUUAUAAUUUCAUACAAGAUCCUCAAAGAAAGAAAUAACAGGAACAGCUCUGAUGGAGCAAAUUUUUGCCUCA